CUUUCUUUCUUUUUCAUUAUUAUUCUUAUUCUUAUACAAUGGGCAUUCUUACAGAAGAUGAACAAUAUCCUGAUUAUUUACGUAUGAUUUUGACAGCUCGAGUAUACGAUAUUGUUAAAGAAACUCCACUUCAAGAAGCUGUCAACUUGAAUACCAAAUUAGGGACUAAAAUCUAUUUAAAGCGUGAAGAUCUUCAUCCUGUCUUUUCUUUUAAAAUUCGUGGUGCUUAUAACCGUUUGGCUCAUUUGACAGAAGAAGAAAAGAAACGAGGUGUCAUUGCUUGCUCUGCUGGUAAUCAUGCACAAGGUGUGGCUAUUUCAGCUAAAAAGUUGGGCAUCAAGGCUAAAAUUGUCAUGCCAGUACCUACACCUGCUAUCAAGUGGCGCAAUGUACAACGCUUGGGCGCAGAGGUCGUCUUGUUUGGCAAUGAUUUUGAUGAAGCCAAAAAGGAAUGUGCUCGAUUGACGCAAGAAGAAGGACUGUUAGAUAUCCCUCCUUUUGAUGACCCCUAUGUCAUUGCAGGUCAAGGCACGAUUGGUAUGGAAAUCCUCAGACAGCAUGAUGUGAGUAAGAUUUCGACUAUUUUCAUUCCUGUGGGCGGAGGUGGUCUGAUUGCAGGUAUUGGAUCUUAUGUCAAGCGUAUUGCACCUCAUAUCAAAAUUGUGGGUGUGGAGGCAGUCGAUGCAUGUGCUAUGGACCAAAGUCUCAAGGCCAAAGAACGUGUGACAUUAUCUGAAGUCGGAUUGUUUGCGGAUGGUGCUGCUGUGCGCCUUGUGGGCCAAGAAACAUACCGUCUAUCACAAUCGCUUAUUGAUGAAGUUGUGUUGGUCACGAAUGAUGAAGUCUGUGCUGCUAUCAAAGAUGUGUUUGAAGACACCCGUAGUGUGUGUGAACCCACAGGUGCAUUGGCCUUAGCUGCUGCCAAGAAAUACGUCCAUAGCCAUCCCCAGGCAAAGAACGAUGUCCAUGUGGCCAUUGUAUCUGGUGCCAAUGUCAAUUUUGAUCGCCUGAGAUUUAUUGCUGAACGUGCAGAACUGGGUGAAAAGUCAGAAGCGUUCUGUACAGUCAUUAUUCCCGAACAGCCUGGUAGCUAUAUCAAGAUGAUUCAAAAGAUUGUGCCUCGUACGAUCACUGAAUUCUCGUAUCGAUACAAUGAUCCUAAAGAAGCUCAUAUCUAUAUCUCAUUCAAAGUCAAGGACCGAGAAACAGAACUCAAGCAGAUCUUGGAUGCUUGGGAGAAAGAAGGCAUGAAGGGUAUUGAUGUGAGUGAUAAUGAACUGGCUAAAUGUCAUGCUCGUUAUAUGCGUGUGUUUCGAUUUAUAUUCCCUGAACGACCUGGUGCCACUGUCAGGUUUUUAGAAGGUUUGGACUCUACUUGGAAUGUAUCUCUUUUUCAUUAUCGUAACCAUGGUGAUGGUAAGUGUUCUUUGUUAUUGACCUGUCACUCAUUUCUAUAGACAUGGGCAAAGUAUUUUUGGGUGUUCAAGUGCCACCUGAAGAUACUGAACAAUUCAGUGUGUAUUUAGACCAACUUGGCUAUCAAUAUGAAGAAGAAACAGACAAUGUUGUCUAUAAAUCUUUUUUAUGCUAAUAAAUGUAAAUAAUCCAUGUGGCUUAGUCAUGGCUGUGACCGAGAAUAUUUAGAACCAAAUAAAUUUUUUUAAAAUUUUGUUUUUCGUUUUCUUUUUCCUUUAA